ACAGAAACACGAUCUGCAAAAUGAGACUGUUGCUGAUCUCCACAUUUCUAGUUAGCCUCUCAGUUCUGGCCAGUUCUCAACCGACCAUUGUCAAAACAGCAAAUGACUGCGCAAAGCUUAACAAAGUUCAACUUAAAGAAGCCAUGGGUAUUAUGAUGAAGUACAAAAUCAAAGCUAGAACGCACAAUGUUAAAUGCUUUAUACACUGCGUCUUCGAGAAAUUGCCUAUACUGGAUGUAGCAAAGAAAAGAUUUAAAGCAGAGGACAAUCAAGUCUGCCUUUCUAUUAAGAAUGACGAUAAGUGCCAAGAAUCCUUCAACAAAUUCGAGUGCUACGUUAAGCUCGAGAAAAAACUCCCUAAGAAUAAAGUACAAAGUCCUAAGUGAGUUAAGAUGAUCGAUUACUUCAUUACUGUGUAGAAAGAUCGGAAACCAUGACACUUUUAUAAAACCUUCUUUUGCUAAAAAUACACUUUGGAAUUUACUAUAAAUUA